CGGAGCAGGAAGCGAUUCGAGUGUGUGAACUGCUAACACCCAGCAGAGACUCCCCGUAACAUGGGGCCGCAAAGACACGACACGACACGGAGCGUGAUAUAUUGUAGUAUUUACAUACUGCUGUCGUCCCUGCAGAUAUCGUAAUUAAGAGGCAAUUAUGAGGGAGGUGAAGGGCUGCGGCAUGCGGUCUGUGGUGGGCUUUUUGUCUCAGAGAAAAAUAAACGGGCACCCCCUGAUGAAAGAGGAAUUUCAGAGGCGAAGGUUGGCAGGCUGCAGUAGCCUGUACAGGAAAGAUAUGCUGGGACAUUUUGGAUGUGUCAAUGCAAUAGAGUUUUCCAACAAUGGAGGGGAAUGGCUGGUGUCCGGAGGCGAUGAUCGGCGGGUGCUGCUCUGGCACAUGGAGAAAGCCAUCCAUUCCCGGGCUAAGCCACUGAAGCUGAAGGGAGAACACCUCUCCAACAUCUUUUGCCUGGCAUUCGACAGCACCAACAAGCGUGUCUUCUCUGGAGGGAAUGAUGAGCAGGUCAUUCUUCAUGAUGUUGAGAGGGGUGAGACCUUGAACGUGUUCCUCCACGAUGACUCCGUCUAUGGCCUGUCUGUCAGUCCUGUCAAUGACAAUGUGUUCGCCAGCUCCUCGGACGAUGGGAGGGUCCUGAUCUGGGAUACCCGCGAACCCCCAAAUGGAGAGCCCUUCUGUUUGGCCAACUACCCCUCUGCGUUUCACAGCGUGAUGUUUAACCCUGUGGAGCCCAGGCUGCUCGCCACUGCCAACUCGAAGGAGGGAGUGGGGCUGUGGGACAUCCGCAAGCCACGGAGCUCCCUGUUGCGGUACGGAGGGAACCUGUCCCUGCAGAGCGCUAUGAGUGUUCGCUUCAACAGCACGGGCACCCAGCUGCUGGCCUUGCGGCGCCGCCUUCCCCCGGUCCUCUAUGAGCUACACUCCCGCCUCCCCAGCUUCCAGUUCGACAACCAGGGCUACUUCAACUCCUGCACCAUGAAGAGCUGCUGCUUCGCUGGGGACCGGGACCAGUACAUCCUGUCGGGAUCGGAUGACUUUAACCUGUACAUGUGGAGGAUUCCUAAGGACCCUGAGGCUGGCGGCCCUGGCAGGGUGGUGAACGGAGCCUUCAUGGUGCUGAAGGGUCAUCGCUCCAUCGUUAACCAGGUGCGCUUCAACCCUCACAACUACACGAUCUGCUCUUCUGGGGUGGAGAAGGUGAUCAAGAUGUGGAGCCCGUACCAGCAGCCUGGCAGCAUGGGGGACCUGGAAGGGCAAGUAGAUGACGACUCCCGCAGCCUGUACACCCACGAGGAGUAUAUCAGCCUGGUGCUGAACAGCGGGAGCGGGUUGUCCCACGACUACUACAGCCAGUCUAUCCAGGAGGACCCACGCAUGAUGGCAUUCUUCGACUCGUUGGUGCGCCGAGAGAUCGAGGGCUGGAGCUCGGACUCCGACAGCGACCUGAGCGAGGGAACCAUCCUGCAGCUUCAUGCCAGGGGCCGGGGAGGGGGAGAGACAGCACUGGCCGCCACCCCUGCUACUGUCCUGGAGCACCAGAGUGACUCUGAGCGCUCCUCCUCCCCUUCCCUGGCUACUCCUCCGGUCCCUGAGGGAGCAGAUUCCCCCUGCCCCCCACCGACGGACAUGCUCAUCCGGCAGCAUCAGCAGACACAGCGGCGGAGACGGCACACCUACCAAGACGUCAGCCUGCUAGACAUGGUCGACAACUCCUCCGACUCCAGCGGGGACUGGUCUGACCCCAUCCCCCGGCCACGCUCUCCCAGCCCCAGGGUCAACUCAUCUUCAGGCAGCUCCAGCUCGCUCGCCGCCAGCAGCAGCAGCAGCAGCAGCACCAGUAGUGAGGAGGAGGAGGAGGAGGAGGAGGAGGAGGAGGAGCAGAGGCGAGCGUCCAUGCGGCAACGCAAUGCCUCCAGGAGGCGACCUGUGAAGUUCUGCCAUCAAGGAGAGGAGAGACCGGAGUCGACCACUACCAGGGCCCUUUGCCUGGGAGCGGACUCCUGCAUCUACCCUGAGAUCACAGUGGAGGAGCCUUCCACCUCGGAAGAGGAGGAGGAAGCCUUCCCCAAAGCACAGGAUUCUAGAAGACAGAACAAAGGCAGGCCAGGAUUUAAGCCAGACACUCCCCCAGUAAAAAGUACAGAAACUUCUGCAGGUGAAAAGGAAGGGGGAGUCCCAGACCUGGGAGAGGUGGAUGAGAAUGAGGAGGAGGAAGAGGAAGAGGAGAAGAGGGAGAAUCACUCUGAAGCUCCCCCUGGACACCACUUUCAUGAGCAUCCUUUCCUGGGGAGAGCCCAACCAGAUGGACAGCCGCUGAACGGGAAUGGGGUGCCGAGAGAGCAGGAGACAGGAGAGGGAAGUUUAGAGAACUCUAGUGACCCCUUGGUCAUUCAGCCCCAUCCCUGCCCUCCAUCAGACAAUCAAGAGGAGGAGGAGCUAAGCCCUUCAUGUUCAGAUAGCAGCCAUGGUUCACAUGCAAAUGGGCAGCACCACAGAGAACAGGAGAGCAGGGCGUUGGGGUCGCAGCCCUGCCUCUCUGACAGUGUGCCUGGAUGUGAACAAAAACGUCAGCGUGUCCUCGAAACAGACAGGGAUUUCCACAGCGGCAACCAGGCUGAAACGCACUCGAGCUGCAGAAGAGCCAGACUGAGAACUCCCACUCAGAAAAGAAAUUCAGAACAUGAUGAAGCCCGUGCUUGACUGAGACUAAGAUCCUCAAGGACUGCGUGUGGGGGUUUGAUUGGGCUUGAUCCAGGGUUUUAUUUGCGAGUCCCCACAACACUUACACCUGGGUGCUUGGAUAGAGCCGGGGUAACACCCCCGUAUCACACUGACCAUGGUUUAGAGCAACAAGAAGCACUUCAUAAGUAUAGCUUCCUACAAUCAGAAAUCCAUGUUUGUGGCUGCUUUUAGAGCUGGCAAUGUUUUUUCUUUUUUAACCAGUGGUUAACUCGCUGGUUUGUCAUUUAAUUUUUAUUCUACUCCGUCGAGGGGUGAGGGGGGGGUGGUGGCAUUACUAAUUGUUGCUUUACUUUGAAAUGACAGGACUUGGCGGGGGUGGGGUGUGUUGAAAAAGCCCUUUUGUCAGACUUUUGAUUUAGCAAAAUUGUUUUGGGCUUUUUGCGUUUAAUAAAAAAACAAGGUAGAGAACCUCCCACUUGGACCCGCGUUCUGAAAGAACAUUAGUGGGAGGUUUAAUUAAAGUUCUGUUCCAUGCAGAAAAAGAGACCAUUCUUUCUUCUGUGCGCCCGCAUCCGUCACGAGGAUUGCAUUCUUCUCGAAGAAGAAUCUUGUCCAGGAGAGUAUUGUGCUAUUCUCUUUAUAUAGCAUCUGUUUGAAGGUUGUGCAUUAAAAUUAUAUUUAAGUGUU